UUCACCGUCCCUGUCAGACAUUCGCGGUUUGGUUGUGAAACGAAAUAAUUAAAACAAAAAAAUAAAACGCUCAAUAUAGAAAACAAAUUAUAAUAAUUAAUUUACAUAAGUGAAAGGUGUUGCAAUGGGGUGUGCGGAGAGCAAGGACGGUGAAGGCGAAGCCCAAAACAAUAGGAAUAGACCAAAAUACCGCUCCUGUACCGACGUAUUUUGGCUUGUACUUUACAUAUUGUUUUGGCUAUUUCUGAUUGUGAUUGCGAUCUUCUCCUUCGUUUUUGGCAAUCCAUUGCGUCUGAUUAAUGGCUAUGACUCCUUUGGCAAUACCUGUGGCGUUAAGCACAAUGAACGCUUUCAGAAUUUCCCGCUAUCCGGGCGCAAUACACUUGACACACCAGAACUGUUCUACUUUAGUGUCAAGGAGCUCAAACAAUCGCUUAAGAUUUGCGUUAAAACCUGUCCGAAACGCACACUGAAUGAACCCAGCGAGCUGUUCAGUUAUUUUACUGAAACUGGCACACAACUCUGCAAAUAUGACUAUAAUAUGGCGCAAGUGGAAAGGCUGAGCAAGGGCGACAAGACGUUCAACAUUCUCGGCCCGUGUCCCACGCUUCCAGUGCUCGAAAGUUCGCCGGUGCUGCAUCGUUGCGUGCCCAAAACGGCUGCUGAUGAGGUGGUCAAUGUGCUCAACAGCUGGGAUGUUGCUCAACAGUUUCUCUCCGAUAUUUACUCCACCUGGCACCUUAUAGCCGCAGUCUGCGGUAUUUCCCUGCUCAUUUCCAUUGUAUUGGUUAUCACGAUGCAUUGGCUUUCCCGCCUCGUCUCCUGGAUAAUUUGUGUGCUCGUCAUCAUUGCCAGCGUUGGCUUGGCUGGUGCAUUGUGGUAUGCUUACUACAGCAUACGCAACAAGUCGCCAAAUGUUCAAUACUCUCAACUGGAGGAGUUCUUGCGCAAUCGAGAUGCUGUCUUUGCCUUGGCUGUUAUAGCCACUAUAACUAUGAUCAUCCUGUUGGUCAUCAUAUAUUUUCUGAAAAAUAAAUUGUCCGGCUUGUCGGCACUUUUUGAGGAGGCGGGCGUCUGCAUGAUGAAUCUGCCUGGACUGUUAAUAGCUCCACUCUUGGCAUUUAUAGUGCUAAUUGCAUUUUUAAGCUUUUGGGUAAUGGUGGUCAUCUGCCUUGUAACAGCCACCACUCCGGAUGAGAGUCCGCUUGCACCUUUCCACGGCAAUGCCGGAUUUCAACAGCUGCCCGCCACUGCUGGGCAAUUCCUCAACCAAACAGCAGCAGCAAAUGAUCAAAGAACUAUUCCUCGUAUAGAGUAUGCGGAAGCCGGUGCUUUGCGUAGCAUGUUCUGGGUCUAUGUUGUGGGUCUCAUUUGGACUGUGGAGUUUAUAUUUGCCUGCCAACAGUUUGCUUUGGCCGCUGCUGUGGCCUUUUGGUAUUUUGGCAAGCCAACAACGACACCAACUUGGUAUGCCAUUGGCAAGCUGAUUAAGUAUCAUUUGGGCACCGUUGCCAAGGGUUCUUUUGUGAUUACCAUUUUCAAAAUUCCCCGCCUCAUCUUGACGUAUCUCUAUGCCAAAUUGAAGAAGGGCGAGGAUAAGGGCUCUGAAUGCGCUGCCUGCUGUUUGAAGUGCUGCAUUUGCGGCUUUUGGCUGCUUGAGAAGUUUAUACGAUUCCUUAAUCAUAAUGCCUACACUGUGGUUGCCAUUGAAUCCAUCAACUUUUGCCCAGCCGCAGGCAUCGCUUGGAAUGCCAUGGCCACCAAUGCUUUGCAAGUGGCAACAAUCAACAGCAUUGGUGACUUUAUUCUCUUCUUGGGCAAGGUUGUUGUGGCCGCACUUUCCGGCUUGAUUGGCAUCGUUAUGCUGAAGGAUAAGCCAGGCCUUAACUUCUAUAUGGCGCCCGUCAUAUUGAUUAUCAUCUUCUCGUUCUUUAUUGCUCACAUUGUGCUGUCGCUCUUUGAGAUGGUCGUCGAUACACUCUUCCUGUGUGUCUGCGAGGAUAAGACGAUUAAUGGACGCGCCGGUCGCUGGGCGCAGAGCAAUCUGGCCAAGCUAGUUGGCGAGGAACCGCUGCAGCCGGGCGAAGAGCCACCAAUUCAGGUGGUCGAAAUGAUGCCCAUUAACAAGCAGCCAUUCAGCAUUACACGACUGCCACCCACAGAUGCCGAAGUGUAUCCUAUGGCCGAGUAAAUUCUUUAAGAAGUUCUCCCUUAUAAUAUUCCAGAAACAAGACGAAACUCAUAACGAACGCACAUCUUACAAUGGAUGUCAGGUGAAGGACCCUCCGUGUAAAGAAACAAAACAAACUCAACUCAACGUACAAAAUGCAAUGAAAAGAAAUAAUAAAUAAGAAUCUAAUGUUUGCUAAUAUCAAGAUAUAUAUAUACUACUGAAACAGAGGCAAAUGCACAAGAAGUUGUAACUGUAUUUAUUAAAUGUAUCCAUUUUUUAUAUAUAUGUAUUUAUGUAUAUUUAUUCGUAAUAAAACAUUUAAACCUUUUUCUCA